AUGGGCUUCAUGCGCCAAACAUGGACGCUGACGCGCAAGACCCUCCUGGUGUUCUAUGUCCGUCACUGGUUCACGACGACUGUGCGGGCCUUCAUUUCGCCUAUCAUUUUCAUGUUCUUUAUUUCAUAUUCCAAGAACUUCUUCGUAGCCCCUUCGGACUAUGGUGUGGGCUCUGCUACACCCGUCAGAGACUUCGCGAGCGCGUUCAAUGCGGCCACGCCGAACAGGAGGACAAUCCCACUGAUCAACAAUGGACUCAUUGGAGGAGAUAUUGAGCGUCUGAUAAAUCAGAUUGCGGAGCCUAUGCGCGCAGCCGGCGCAGAUGUUCAGAUUCUCAAUGACGAAACUGAACUACUGACCAUCUGCCGGAGUUCGCUGCGCGGUGUAACGAAUUGCUACGCGGGCGCAAGCUUCCACUCGUCUCCCACGGAGGGUCCUGGAGGACUGUGGAACUACACCAUCAGAGCGGAUGGCGCAUUGGGCGAGAGGAUAUUUGUCAACGAUGAGGAUAAUGAUGGCCAAAUUUACAUUCUGCCCUUUCAGCACCUGGUUGACUCUACGAUAGCGUCCAUCAAUGGGACUACUCUGCCGAGCGAAGUCAAUGAGUACCCGUUCACGACAAGGACGAGUGAAGAGCGUGAAGACAAUAUCCGGAGGCUUUACAUGAACAGUCUAAUCAACAUCCUGGCGCUUGCGUAUCUCAUCGGCAUCAUCAAUGUUUGCUACCAGCUCACUGGAUUGAUGGCUACUGAAAGAGAGUUGGGUAUGUCACAACUCAUCGAAGCCAUGACUCCAAAUGCACGCGGGUGGUACACUCAAGCGGCCCGAUUGAUCUCAACUCAUCUCGCGUUCGACAUCGUACAUUUCCCUGGUUGGGUGAUUAUGUCACUCAUCGUCUCUCGCCUCACGUUUCCGAAUUCGUCUGUAGCCAUCCUUAUUGGAGUACAUAUCCUCGCCGGGCUUUCGCUUUCAAGCUGGUCUGUCUUUGGCGCCGCCUUCUUCCGCAAGGCGCAGCUAUCAGGUAUCGCGGUCGUAAUCGGGAGCAUCGUGCUGGCGAUAAUUGCACAGAUUGCCGUAGGACGGAGCGGAACAGGCGCUGUGGCUGUCACGGGCCUGCUCUUCCCGCCUAUGACCUACACCUACUUCAUCAUCUAUCUAGCACGAUGGGAGAGAUUCGAUCUCGGUGCAAACCUCGGCGAAGCCGCGCCUGAGAACCCGUGGCGCCUUCCUGGCAUCGCGCUCUGGAUCUUCUUCCUCGUCCAGAUUAUUGUGUACCCCGUCCUCGCGGCGCUAGUUGAAAGAAGCUUAUAUGGGACAGGAUCGAAGGAGAGGAAGAUGGUGUUCAACCCCGCAGAUCCGUCGAAAGCCAUUAAAAUCAAUGCGUUGUCCAAGACUUUUCUUCCCGGCUGGUGGCAGAGGACUGUUUACUCGCGCUUUGGCGGCAAGAAGGCCGAGCCGGUUAGAGCGGUCGUUGACUUGACGCUUACCGUUCUCCAAGGCCAGAUCAUGGUGCUCUUGGGGGCGAACGGCGCUGGUAAAUCCACGACCAUGGAUGCAAUAGCUGGCUUGACCACGAUCAGCAGCGGCUCAAUAGAAGUUGACGGCACGGGUGGUGUAGGUCUUUGCCCGCAAAAGAACGUUAUGUGGGCCGAACUCACGGUCUUCGAGCACAUUGAGCUUUUCAACGCUCUGAAGACAACAGGCCAGAAAGACUCUAAAGACCAGAUCCGUGAGCUGGCCGAGGCCUGCGACCUUGGCCACAAGCUUCAUGCCAGAUCGAAAACCCUCUCCGGCGGACAAAAGAGAAAGCUUCAGCUCGCAAUGACAUUUACUGGUGGAAGUAGAGUGUGCUGUGUGGAUGAAGUCUCAUCCGGCCUCGACCCCUUGUCGCGUAGGAAGAUCUGGGACAUCCUCCUGGCGGAGCGUGGCAGAAGAACCCUCCUUCUCACAACGCAUUUCCUCGAUGAGGCUGAUGUCUUGUCGGACUACAUUGCCAUCAUGUCAAAGGGUGUCUUGAAAGCAGAAGGGGGCGCUCCGCAGCUCAAGCAUCAGUACGGUGGUGGCUAUCGCGUUCACAUCUACAACACGUUGAACUUCAGUCCACCCGCGGAGUUCGCAAGCGUUCCAAAACAGCUCCUGUAUGACCAAACGGUCUAUACCCUCCCGAACUCUGCACAAGCCGCGAAGUUUGUAGGGAGACUGGAGAAGGAAGGCAUACACAAUUACCAAGUCAACAGCCCUACCAUUGAGGACGUCUUCCUGAAGCUUGCUGAGGAGGUGAAAACGGACCUUCCCAAUGGUCAAGGCACCGCUCUGCCGGUGCAAUCCGGAUCGGAACCAAAGUUUGGUGACGAGCUGUUGCUGUCCGAGGCGCCAUCCGAAGUUAAAUCCGCUGACGCUGGGCCUCAACUAUACGCAGGCAAGCCAACCUCCAUGUUGCGGCAGACAUGGAUCCUUUUCCGCAAGCGACUUACCAUCCUGGGCCGAAACAAGCUUCCGUACGCUGCUGCAGCUUUGCUGCCCAUCAUUGCGGCUGGACUGGUCACUCUCUUUAUCCAGGAUUUCAGUCCAUUAGCAUGCUCACCAGGCGCCUCUGCGAGCAGCCCCCGCCGCCGAAGUUUCGCACGUGACGUACGGCGACCAAAUAUCCCAAUCGGGCCGUCUAGUGCAGUAUCCGUCGAAAGACUAGCAUCAGCUCUUGGUAUCAAUCCUGAUAGCUUUCAGCUCGUCGAGACCUUGGCGGAGUUCAACCAGUAUGUCGUGGACAACUAUCCUACGGUCUCACCUGGAGGCUUCUUCCUCGGUGAUACCCCAGUGUUUGCUUACAUCGGGGAGCUGUUCACUCACUGGGGCGUCUUCACUCAGAACCUGCUCGACAAUGCGCUUACCGGCACUCGGAUUGCCACAGGAUACCAGGAGUUCGCUUCCCCAUUUGCGCCUUCCGCUGGGGACUCUCUGCAGUUGAUCCUCUAUUUUGGACUCGCUAUGUCAGCCUACCCGGGCUUCUUCGCGCUUUACCCAACCAUGGAGCGCUUGAGAGGAGUGCGUGCGCUGCAUUACUCGAAUGGCAUUCGUGCCACGCCGCUGUGGCUUGCCUACGUGUGCUUUGACUUCUUGAUCGUCCUUGUUAUCAGUGUGGUGGCCAUUGGCAUCUUCGUUGGUGCUUCUAGUGCCUGGUAUUACCCUGGCUACCUUUUCACUGUCUUCUUCCUCUAUGGACUUACUUCGGUUUUACUCUCCUACGUGGUGUCUUUGUUCGCAACGUCGCAGCUGGCUGCGUUCGCGUUCGCGGCAGGGGGGCAGGCUUGUUUCUUCUUGCUUUACUUUAUUUCGUACAUGUGCAUCAUCACAUACAGCCCCACAACCCAGAUAGAUAGAAACGUGGAGAUUGCUCACUUCACUAUCGCACUGGUUACGCCGUCCGGCAAUCUCCUCCGAGCAUUACUCCUUACGCUGAACCAGUUUGCCCUCAUCUGCGACAACGAUGAGGUCGCAUCCUACGGAGGCGACAUCAGCGUCUUCGGCGGUCCAAUCCUCUACCUCAUUGUCCAAGCUCUCCUGCUCUUCGGCUUCCUCGUCUGGUGGGACAGCGGCUACAAGCCCGCGUUCCUCAUCCGCGACCCCUACCGCGCCACCGACGAAGAAGAGUCAGACUCGAUAGACGCGGACGUCGGAGCCGAGCUCACGCGCGUAAAGAGCUCCGAGGACGGGCUACGCGUGCUCCACCUGACUAAAACCUUCGGCACCAACACGGCCGUCCAAAACGUGACCUUUGGCGUCAAGCGCGGCGAGGUCUUCGCCCUGCUCGGCCCUAACGGUGCGGGCAAGUCGACUACUAUCAGCCUCAUCCGCGGCGACAUCCGGCCUAACAAGGGCGACGUUCUUGUUGAGAAUACAUCUAUCAUCCGGCACCGUGCCGCUGCGCGCCAGAACCUGGGCGUCUGUCCGCAAUUCGAUGCUAUGGACCAGAUGACCGUGACGCAGCAUCUGCGGUUCUACGCCCGCGCCCGCGGCGUCGAGGACGUCGAGCACAACGUCACGCAGGUCAUGCAGGCUGUUGGCCUCACGCCGUUCGCCAGCCGUAUGGCCGCCAAGCUGUCCGGCGGGAACAAGCGCAAGCUCUCGCUCGGCAUCGCGCUCAUGGGCAAUCCGUCCGUGCUCUUGCUCGACGAGCCAUCCUCGGGCAUGGACGCCGCGGCGAAGCGCGUCAUGUGGGCUACGCUGAACGCCGUCAGCGCCGGCCGUAGUCUGGUCAUCACGACGCACAGCAUGGAGGAGGCGGACGCGCUGGCGCAUCGCGCGGGCAUUCUGGCGAGGAAGAUGCUCGCGAUGGGCAGCAGCGAGGAGCUAAGGCGGAAAUGGGGCGAUAAGUGGUUCGUGCAUGUUGUGCAUCAAACUGCACCCAGGACGAGCCAGGCGGAGAUGGAGGCGCUGAGGGACUGGGUCGAGGCGAAUGUGUCGCGGGCGGAGGUCGAGGACAAGAUGAUGCAUGGGCAGCUGAGGUUUAGCGUCCCGGUUGCGGGCCACGAGAAGGGAACGGAGGGUGGUGUGGAGAGUAUUGCGCAGUUGUUCCAGCUGCUGGAGAGGCAUAAGGAGGAGUUGGCGAUUGAGUAUUACUCCGUUAGCCAGACGACGCUGGAUCAGGUGUUUUUGGCGAUUGUGAGGAAGCACAAUGUGGAGGAGGAGAAUUCGCAUCCGGUGGUGAAGGGGAAGGGAGGCGUCUUGGGGAAGGUCAGGAAGGUGUUUGGGGGGUGA